GCCCCCCGUGCUCCUUUGCGCUGUUAUGUUAAGUAAGUGGUCUGCUUUCUGUCUGUGGCUCCCUGCUCCUUAGGUUUCAAUUCCAAACAUGGUUAUCCUUGUAGGAUCCUCUCUAUCCCACUCUCUGUCCCUCUCUCUCUCUCUCUCUGUCCCCCUCUCUCUGUCCCCCACUCUCUCUCUCUCUCUGCCCCCCCCCUUCUCUCUCUCCUACCUUUCCCUCUCUCUCAAUGACCAAGAUCACUCACUUCACUUUGUGUGAGGAGGGGAGAGGGAGGUUUUAGGGUAAAAUAUACAUGAAAGUGCUGGAGGGUGUUGGAAGGAGAUGGACAGACUCCUAAUAUGAAGAAGAUUCUAUUCCAGUGCGUCGUGCCGACUGGUAAAGGGUUUUCUACUUGGGAAAGUCGACGAGAAGUCGUCGUGGAAAUAAACAAGCGCUGUUAAACAACAGGACAUCACAACGAACGGGAACAAUCUGUCAGCAUUGCUGAAAUGUCAGAGAUGUUUUACUGAAGAAUCCGCUGCACUUUGAGGACAAAGCCUUUCUGUCUGCUCUCAGCUUCCACUUGUUUUAUUUUUUAACUUUACUUUACUUUGUUGGAUAUCUCCGUGUGAUAAAUAGAGAAUAGUGUGGACUAGAUCACACAGGGAAGGAACCAUGAGUGGGGAUAACUCCACUCUACUCAACACCGUGCUUUACGGCCACCAGCAAUGCGACGGCUUCACCAACACCACCGAGGGCGCCCUCUACCACCUGGGCAACACCGUCCUCAUCCUGGGCUACAUGGGUGGCAGCGGGGCGUACGGGGCGCUCUACAUCUUCAGCCUCCUGGUGCCGGCGUACGUCUGCCUGGCGCUGUGGGGCUUCGUGACCAUCUGCGGCCUGGACGCGUUCGUGUGGUACGUCCUGAUGGUGGCGGCGUGCCUGUGCCAGAUCUGCCACCUGGUGGUGCGGCUGCUGCGCGACGGGCUGGCCAGCGAGGAGCUGUCGGCGGUCUACACGGCCGUCUUCGUGCCGCUCGGCGUGCCCGUGCAGGUGUUCAAGCAGAUCACAGGUUCCUGCGAGAACAAGGUGCUGGCGCUGGGCACCGAGGAGACCUACGCUGUGGAGGGCAAGACACCCAUCGACCAGCUGUCCUUCCUGCUCUCAGGGAGGAUCCGCGUGUCUUUGGAGGGUCAGUUCCUGCACUACAUUUUCCCCCACCAGUUUCUGGACUCCCCUGAAUGGGAAUCACUGAGACCAACGGAGGAGGGGAAUUUUCAGGUGACCUUGACGGCCGAGACAGACUGCCGCUACAUUUCCUGGAGCCGCCGGCGCCUCUACCUGCUGCUGUCGCGCGAGCGCUACGUGGCCCGCCUCUUCUCCGUCAUGCUGGGCAACGACAUCGCCGACAAGCUCUACUCGCUCAACGACAAGCUCUUCGCCAAGAGCGGCGUGCGCCUCGACAUCCGCCUGCCCAGCCUGUACCACGUCCUCGCCCCCUCCGCCCAGGCCAGCGAGCGGGGCAGCGGCAGCAGUAGCUCGGCCCCACCCUUCGGUAGCCACGGUGACCAGGCCGUGGUCACCGUUGACCCCCUGCCCGACACCCAGAAGCCCAAAUCGGAGAGCGCCCCCCAGGAGCGGGGGAGGGCGCCCGCGGUGGGCCCCUCCACACGGCAGCAGUCCUGCCCGUCGGACACGGAGCUGCCCUCGGGUGAGGACUCCACCAGCCUGGUCCUGGAGGACUUUGCUGACAUUGCAGGCUCGCUAAUGGAUUAUGGGAGAGAAAGUUAUUUGAAGUAGAGGGAGUUUUCUUUUUGUGGUGUUUUUUUCUUUUUGAGGGGGAGGGUGCUGGAGCUAACACACGAGGUCACUACUUAGGCUUCAUAGGGAGACACUUCUGGAGUUCCACCAGCGCGAUACCAGAGGGGUCGGGCUCCCCUGGCCCCCACGGACACCCCUAAGCUGUGACAGUGGUCUGGCCAAGCAUAUGGACCAUACCAUGACCCAGACGGGGGAGCUAAGCUCCACGCCAUGCCCUCCAGUUCUCACC